GCAAAAUAUAAGUACACGAGUGAGAUAGAAAAUUCACCGGUUGUUGCCUGCUGCUGCUCAUCGUAGCUGAUCGUAGCAUCAGUAGUGUUGGUACAAACAGUUGCGUUACUCGUAAACCGUACACACAAGCUUGUUUAAAAAGAUCAUCAUCCUCUCAUGCACCGGGACAACGUCCCAAGUACUGUCUACCUCCUUCCAGAGGUCAGGUGAAGAUCAUAAAACAGUAAAUUAGAACGAGCCCAAGCCACCUGCUGGGCCUCGACGCCGAUCCGUCCAUCGGCUUGCUCGGCUCGCCACGGCCAGGCAAGGCGUCCGAGCGUCCGUGCCGUGUGAUUUUUGAGGCUAAGGUCAGUCAUCACGCACGUCGUUGAGCGGGAAAAUUCGGGUUGCAGUCGUUGCAGCUGCAAUCACCCGUAGCGGCUGCAGGCGAGCAAGUAGACUGUCGUGAGACAAGCGCGGACAUAACAACCAUCGUCAGGAUGUCCAAGGCAGAGGAGAACGGGAGCGACGCCGGGGAGAAUUCGAAUGACUCGUCGGGGGAGACGUCGUCGUCGCGCGGUGGCGGCGACUUCGAGACGAAGAUCGAGACGGACCGGAGCAAGCGCUUUGACUUUCUGCUCAAGCAGACCGAGAUAUUCUCGCACUUCAUGACGAAUUCCAACAAGGACAAGACCAGUCCGCUCAAGAUAAAACCGGGUAGGCCCAGGAAGACCCCUGCGGCCCUGACCCCCGCGGACAAGUUGCAGGCCGAGGGCGACCACCGGCACAGCAAGACUGAGCAGGAAGAGGACGAGGAGCUGUUGGCCGCGGCGUCGGACGUCGCGGCUCCCGUUACUCGCUUCGAAUCCUCGCCAACGUACAUUAAGUCGGGCGAGCUCAGGGACUACCAGGUCAGGGGCCUCAACUGGAUGAUUUCGCUCUAUGAGAACGGCAUCAACGGCAUUCUUGCCGACGAGAUGGGUCUUGGUAAAACUCUGCAAACGAUAUCACUUCUGGGUUACAUGAAGCAUUUUAGAAAUAUAAACGGACCUCACAUUGUUGUUGUUCCAAAAACAACUUUAAAAAAUUGGGAAAACGAAUUUAAAAAAUGGUGUCCUUCUCUCAAAACGGUCACCCUUAUUGGCGACUCCGACACCAGAAGUGCUUUUAUCCGGGACAUUAUGUUACCUGGCGAAUGGGAUGUGUGCAUAACGUCGUAUGAAAUGGUCUUGAGAGAAAAAUGGGUUUUUAAAAAGUUCAACUGGCGUUACAUGGUGGUUGACGAAGCUCACAGAUUGAAAAAUGAAAAGUCCAAACUGUCCGAAAUUCUGAGAGAGUGCAAAACUGCAAACAGACUUUUGCUCACUGGUACUCCUCUGCAAAAUAAUCUCCAUGAACUGUGGUCUCUACUCAACUUUUUGCUGCCCGAUGUCUUCAAUAGUUCUGAAGAUUUCGACUCAUGGUUCAAUACCAACAACUUCAUGGGAGAUAAUGCUCUCAUCGAGAGAUUACAUGCAGUCCUUCGACCGUUCUUACUGCGAAGAUUGAAAUCUGAGGUGGAAAAAGCAUUGAAGCCCAAAAAAGAAAUCAAGGUUUAUGUUGGUUUGAGUAAAAUGCAGCGUGAAUGGUACACAAAAGUUCUGAUGAAAGACAUUGACGUCGUCAAUGGUGCUGGUAAAAUUGAAAAAAUGCGGCUGCAGAACAUCCUCAUGCAGCUUCGUAAGUGUUGUAACCACCCUUAUCUCUUUGACGGAGCCGAGCCUGGGCCUCCUUACACCACGGACGAGCACCUCGUCUACAACUGCGGCAAACUUGUCAUCCUCGACAAAUUGCUACCCAAGCUACAGGAGCAAGAGUCACGUGUACUGAUUUUCAGCCAAAUGACACGUAUGAUGGACAUUCUAGAAGACUAUUGUCACUGGCGAGGCUAUCAGUAUUGUCGCCUGGACGGCAACACGGCUCAUGAGGACCGUCAGAGACAGAUCAAUGAGUACAAUGCAGAAGACAGUACGAAAUUCAUUUUCAUGUUAUCCACGCGUGCCGGUGGGUUAGGUAUUAAUCUCGCCACCGCCGACGUUGUUAUCAUUUAUGAUUCGGACUGGAACCCGCAAAUGGAUCUGCAGGCUAUGGAUCGUGCGCAUCGUAUUGGACAGAAAAAACAGGUGCGCGUUUUUAGAAUGAUCACCGAAAACACUGUCGAGGAAAAAAUCGUUGAGCGAGCUGAGGUCAAACUGCGACUUGACAAGCUCGUCAUCCAACAAGGUCGUCUGAUCGAUGCCAAACAAAAUGCUCUUAAUAAAGACGAAAUGUUGAACAUCAUUCGUCAUGGUGCGAACGAAGUGUUCGCCUCCAAAGAUAGCGCCAUAACCGACGAGGAUAUCGAUACGAUCUUGCACAAGGGUGAAGUCAAGACGCAAGAGAUAAAAGAAAAGCUAGAGAGCAUGGGUGAGUCGUCGCUGCGUAACUUCACCGUUGACGCAAACACGGACUCGGUCUAUCAGUUCGAGGGUCAGGAUUACAGGGAGAAACAAAAGAUUUUGGGUAUUGGACACUGGAUCGAGCCACCGAAGCGUGAGCGUAAAGCUAACUAUGCUGUGGAUGCAUACUUCCGUGAGGCGCUUCGCGUUUCUGAGCCAAAAGCUCCAAAGGCUCCCAGGCCACCCAAGCAACCCAUUGUUCAGGACUUUCAGUUCUUCCCGCCGAGGCUGUUUGAGCUUCUGGAUCAGGAGAUCUACUUUUUCAGACAGACAGUUGGCUAUAAAGUACCUAAGAAUCCUGAAUUAGGUUCAGAAGCUGCUAAAAUGCAGAAAGAAGAACAGAAAAAGAUUGAUGAAGCCCAGCCUCUAGCAGAUGAAGAACUGGCUGAAAAGGAUAAAUUACUUACUCAAGGCUUUACCAACUGGACGAAACGUGAUUUCAACCAGUUUAUCAAAGCCAACGAAAAGUAUGGCAGAGACGAUAUCGAGAACAUUGCCAAGGAAGUUGAAGGUAAGACGCCGGAGGAAGUAAUGGAAUAUUCAGCCGUUUUUUGGGAACGUUGCCACGAGCUCCAAGAUAUCGAUCGUGUUAUGGCCCAGAUUGAACGUGGCGAGGCUAAGAUUCAACGUCGAGCUGGUAUUAAAAAAGCUCUAGAUGCCAAGAUGGCAAGGUAUCGUGCACCAUUCCAUCAGCUAAGAAUAGCAUACGGCACGAACAAAGGAAAAAACUAUACAGAGGAGGAGGAUAGAUUCUUAGUUUGCAUGCUACAUAAAUUAGGUUUCGACAAAGAGAAUGUAUAUGAAGAACUGAGAGCUACCGUCAGAUCAGCCCCACAAUUUCGUUUCGACUGGUUCGUCAAAUCUCGCACAGCUCUGGAGCUGCAACGUAGGUGUAAUACCCUCAUCACGCUGAUAGAGCGUGAAAAUCAGGAACUAGAGGAGCGCGAGAGGCAAGAGCGCAAAAAGAAGGGUGGCGGUGGCAAUGCCAGCACGAAACCGUCCUCCAAACGUAAGGUUGAAAAUCUGCCUGCUCCUCAGCCUAGAAAAAAGAAGAAGUAAACUGAUACAACUAAUGGUGUGCUAAUAUUAAUAUAUCUUGUCGAGUUUAUAUUUAAGUCGAAUGAAUGCUUUAUAGAAUUGCGAUUGUAUGUGUCUUUUUUAACAUGAAUGUGGGUACUUGAUUCUAUUUUUUUUCUAAUAAGUACUUGAUAUUAAUGGUUUGUGUUUAUUUUAGUUUGUUAACAUUGUCAUGAUUUAUUCAUUGAAGUAAAAAAACUCAAGUUUUUCUAAAUGCGUUACGAAAAAUUUUGUAAUUAUCACUUUGCCGUUAACAAUUGAGAUUUUUUGUUUAAUACCAGUUUUAGUCGCCAUGUACUCUAUCAAAAUAUUUUUAUCUACCAUUUUAAGAAAAUUCUGUUCAUUAUCAUCAUUUUCCUAAUUUAUGACAACAGAGAACUUUUGUUAAUGAUACUUUAUGUUAAAAGCUCAAGCAAGCUAAUAAAACUGGCCAUAGACUGUCUAUUAGUUAGUAAAUAAAGAUUAUAAAGACUGUGGAGGUGAACACAAAACAUUAAUUCCAACGGAAAAAUACCUAAUUUUGUAUUAAUAUCCUAUACUUGAGUGUAAAUUUAUUACUUUGAAUUGUAGUUAAAAGACAAUAUGAUCAAGAUACACGUAGGACAAUUGCCGACUGAGAAUUUUCUAAAUGAUUGAACACCAAGCUAAUUCUACCAAUUUUUUCUGGUUUUUUAUCACAAGUCAUGGUACAAUUAUUUUAUUCACACUUGCACUAUGUGCAAAACUAAAAGUUUGCUGAAUAAAAAGUAUGAAGUAGUAACAUGCACCAUGCUACUUAUAUUAAUUUUAGAUAGGAAUAAAAUGAAGCCUUAUGUAGCUAAAAAAAAUUGAGCAAUGAUAGUGUAAUGAAAAAAUUUCAAUAUUUAUCACGUUAAUUUUUUUUUAAAUC